UCUAAGUAUAUAAACAUAAGAAUCUACAUACAAUCUGAUCCAGCGAUGCAAUAAUUACUGGCUUUGCAAGCCAGCUUAAAGGUCACUGGAGAUCUCUGAUUUCUCAGAGUUGCUUGCCACAAAGUUUUGGAUUUGCAAAACCUAUCUUCUCUUUCUCUCUCUACUUGCUAUAUUUCUCUCUCUCUCUCUCUCUCUCUCUCUCUCUCUCUGUGAAAGGGUUAGUCUGAUACUCUCGUACAUACAUAGCGCGAGGAAGAAAUCGAAAUUAAGAAGAUUGAUCAGAUGGGGAGCAGUUAUUUUGGGGAGCCAAACAUGGGAGGAGGUGGUGGUGGUUCUUCUUCUUCUUCUUCUUCAAGGAAAGGAAAGAAGAGUAAUUCAGACAAGCCAAAGCAACCCCAGAGAGGCCUUGGAGUGGCUCAAUUGGAGAAGAUCAGAUUACACGGUCAAAUGGGUUCCACUUAUCACCCUUCCCUCCACUCUCCAUACUCCACUAGUUUCAACAACGAGGACACCAGAGUGCAAACAGCUUAUUCAUCCCUACCAUCACCAUCUUUCUCUUCUUCACCAUCCUCCACAUCUUCCCCACUCUCUUAUGGCUUCCACCCCAACAUCAUGAUGGGCGGUCUUGGUGAAUAUGAAAGAGCAAACAUGAUAUAUGGUGGUGAUCAUAAUUCCCAACAUAGUACAACAGCAGGAUGGGACGUCAUCCUAGACACAAAACAUUUUGUGCAACCGAGCAUGACUGGAGACCUUCUAAAUCAACCUCCAGUAGAGGACUCUCAGCACAGGAAGACCGGAAAACAUAGAAGUAGCUCCAUGGGCUCAAGCAGUCACAACUCUGAAUCAAGUGACACCCAAGAUCUAGAUUUGGAGCUCAGACUCUCACUUUAGUUUGCUCGAGUCUGUAUGGGUUCAUAACUACAUGCGUACGUACGUUUUACUUGCAAUUUCAAGCUGAUCAUCAAAAUAUGUGGCGCUUCAAAUUGAGCAUAGGCAACAAAUUAAUUAAUUUUCAUUUUCAUGUGGAAAAGCUCAUUUAAUGCAAGUUUAUUGACUUUGUCUGCAUAAUACAGUGAUGAAUUCUUCUUCUUGAACCGUUGAAUUCAUAUUGCC